GAAAGCAGUGCAGUAGAUCAGGCACACUCGUCAUCAUGAUGUGGACUGCGCUUCUCCUGCUGGGACUCGUUGUUCUGUUUUUGUACGCGAGACGCACAAGACGAGGAAAUGAACCUCCUCUUGAUAAAGGAAUGAUUCCUUGGCUUGGUCACGCGCUUGAGUUUGGAAAAGAUGCUGCUAAAUUCCUGACUCGGAUGAAACAGAAGCACGGAGACAUUUUUACAGUGCGUGCAGCAGGAAAAUACAUCACUGUUCUGCUGGACUCGAACUGCUAUGAUGAAGUCCUGGCAGAUUUGAACACGCUUGACCAGACUGCCUAUGCUCAUAUCCUAAUGAAGAGAAUCUUCAGCCUAAAUCUGCCCAAUCACAACCCUGAAUCUGAGAAGGAAAGAGCAAAGAUGCAUUUUCAGGGGACCGCUUUGACCCAACUCUGCAGCUCAAUGCAGAACAACCUCCUCCUGCUCAUGGACUCUUUAGAAAUGGACCUUAAGAUAUCUGAGUGGAAAAAAGAUGGACUCUUUAAUUUUUGCUACAGCUUGCUCUUCAAGACUGGGUAUCUCACUGUGUUCGGAGUAGAGAAUAACAAUAGUGCAGCACUAACAGAAGUUUACGAGGAGUUUCGCCGGUUUGACAAGCUUUUGCCUAAACUGGCUCGAACUACUGUAAACAAAGCGGAGAAACAAAUCGCAAACUCAGCACGAGAAAAACUGUGGAAAUGCCUGACUUCACAAUGUUUAGAUAGAAAACCAAAAGAACAGUCAUGGUUGGGAAAAUAUGUAGAGCAACUUCAGGAUGAAGGCCUUGAUUCUGAGACUCAGAGGAGAGCAAUGCUGCUUCAGCUAUGGGUCACACAGGGGAACGCAGGUCCCGCUGCAUUCUGGGUACUGGGCUACUUACUCACCCACCCUGAAGCGCUAAGGGCUGUGAGAAAGGAAAUCCAAGGUGGAAAACACCUCCGUCCAGAAGAGACACAGAAAAACACUCCAGUGUUUGAUAGUGUUCUUAGAGAGACUCUGCGUCUAACUGCAGCUGCUCUAAUCACUAGAGAAGUGAUACAAGAUAAGAAGAUUCGUUUAAGCAAUGGCCAAGAAUACCAUCUCCGACGGGGCGAUCGCCUGUGCGUUUUCCCCCUCAUCAGCCCUCAAAUGGACCCGCAGAUCCACCAACAGCCAGAGAUGUUCCAGUUUGACCGCUUCCUUAAUGCAGAUGGGACAGAGAGGAAGGACUUCUUUAAGGAAGGGGUGAGGGUGAAAUAUCCCUCUGUGCCCUGGGGGACACAAGACAACCUGUGUCCAGGACGGUAUUUUGCAGUUAGUGCAAUUAAAGAGCUUGUGUUCACAAUCUUGGCUCGGUUUGAUCUGGAGCUAUGUAACAAGAAUGCAACGCUGCCAUUGGUAGACCCCAGCCGAUAUGGCUUUGGCAUUCUUCAACCAGCGGGAGAUCUAGAGAUCCGCUACAGAAUCAGAUCUUGACCGUGCUAAUAUGCCAAAUCUUAUUAAAACUGUACAGAUAACAAUGUUCUUUUUUACAACAAUGUUUUAGCAAUGUUUUAAAUACUUUUUGAAAUAAUAAAUAUUGUAUUUUUUUAAA